AUGGCCCUCGCUAUCAUCACUUCGGCAAGAAAACUCAGACCUUAUUUCCAAUCGCACACUAUCGAGGUGCUCUCCAACCAGCCCCUCAGGACGGUAAUGCAAAAUACCAACCAAUCAGGAAGGCUGACAAAGUGGGCAGUCGAGCUUAGCGAGCAUGACAUCGUGUACAAAAACCGCACAGCGGCUAAGUCGCAAGUCCUUGCUGACUUCCUGAUCGAGCUAACGCCGGAGUUAAAACAAGAUCUUGUGCUGCCAAGUCUGAACUGGAUACUGCACGUUGAUGGUCCAUCUACGAACAAAGGCUCAGGGGCAGGCGUACAACUCCAGUCACCAACAGGCGAACUAAUCCGACAGUCGUUCAGUUUUGAUUUUCCGGCAUCCAACAACGAAGCCGAAUACGAGUCUCUCAUCGCAGGCCUUCGUCUCGCCACAGUAGUAAAAGCUAAACGGAUCAAAGCAUACUGCGAUUCCCAACUCGUGGUAAGUCAAUUCCCCGGAGCCUACGACGUCAGAAACGACAUAAUGGAUGCUUACUUGAACCUCGUCAAAGGUCUUACACAAGAUUUCGAGUUCUUCGAGCUAACGAAAGUCCCUCGCGGAGAGAACGUAUGUGCGGACGCACUCGCAGCCCUUGGGUGCAAACUACACGACCAGGUGAAAAGAACAAUCCCAAUACAUAAGAUUGAAAAGCCAAGCAUCAGCCCCCCGACGGAACAACUUGCCAUUGCAGCAUCUGUCACCGAUCCCAUGGAAAUCGAUGAAGGGGAACCUCGCACAACGGAAGGGCAACUCGAAGAUUGGCGAACAGAAUUCAUCGCUUACCUUUCCGACGGAACACUACCUACAGAGAAAUGGGAAGCAAGGCGGCUCAAAAGAUGCAGUGCGCAUUACGUCGUCAUGGAUGGAACACUCCAUCGAUGGACUGCAACCAAAGUACUCCUUAGGUGUAUCUUUGGAGACGAAACAAGGCUGGUCAUGGCUGAAACACAUGAAGGAGCAGCAGGCAAUCAUUCAGGAGGACGAGCUCUCGCACUAAAAGUGAAAAGCCUCGGCUUCUAUUGGCCAACAAUGAACGCCGAUUGCGAAUCCUAUGUCAAGAAAUGCGAUAGGUGCCAGCGACAUGCUUCAACCAUACACAGCCCAACAGAAUUGCUCCACACCUUGAUGGCGCCAUACCCCUUCAUGAGAUAG